ACGCUGCCUCUCCCCAACGGGCCAGUCAACAGAAGAAGUGCGGACGGUGGGAUCUUCGGCACGGCUCCCAGGGUGUCUUCUGACGGAGGGAGAGUUGGAAGAAGCCUUGGAGGGAGUCUCAAGCGAGCGUGUAGCAGCGGAGGGAAGCCGAGAGCGGUAGAAGACAGUGCCACAGGAGACACAACAGGAGCCAGCAGUGGGAGAGGCAGAGACGGUAGAGGAAGUUUCAGAGACACCGCACCUUCAACGCCUGCUACAGCCACACCCACCAGCUACCGGCGAGCGACGCCCAACCAGAGAGCGGCGGCAGGGGCGGCGGCGGUAGUGACAACGUCAGGCCCUCCACCGCGCUACCAGAUCUCUGAAUACACUUUCGAGAGGGAACAGCCAGACUCACCCUUCUCUGACGAGAAGGACAGCGAGGAGAAGAAAAAAAGUUGGGACGGGUACACGUGGAGACACUGGUGCGUGCUGGCGGCGUUGCUGCUGCUAAGUGGGGGGGUGGUGCUGGCUGUGGCCUCCCCGCUGCCAGGAGGGACGCCCUCCCAACCUAACAACGCCCUCGCCCGUGUCCACCACAUUCUCAGCAAAGUUCCCCUCAUUGAUGGGCACAACGAUAUGGCGUGGAACAUCCGAAACUUCGUCCAUAACAAGUUGGAGAAGGUUGAUAUGUCACAGAAUCUGAGCAACGUGGAGCCCUGGGGCAGCUCUCCGUGGUCUCACACCGACUUGGCCAGGAUGCGACACGGCAGAGUCGGGGCGCAGUUCUGGGCGGCAUAUGUACCGUGUGGAGCGCAGUACCUCAACGCGGCACAGGUGACUCUGGAGCAGAUCGACGUCAUCAAGCGGAUGAUUGCGCGCUAUCCUCAACACCUCGGCUACGCGCAGUCCUUCGCUAGUUUGAUGGAGGUGUACAACUCAGGACGCAUCGCCAGCCUAUUAGGGGUGGAGGGCGGCCACCUAAUGGGCGCCAGUCUCUCUGUGCUGAGGAUGUACUACGACCUGGGCAUCCGCUACCUCACCCUCACCCACACCUGCAACACCCCAUGGGCAGACUCCUCUCUCGCGGACUCACCGGGCCACCACGAGGAGAACUUCGGUCUCAACGACUUCGGGGCGAAAGUGGUGUUGGAGAUGAACCGGCUGGGGAUGUUGGUGGACCUGUCCCACGUGUCUCAGCAGACCAUGAGGGACGCCCUGGCAGUGAGUCGCGCCCCUAUCAUCUUCUCCCAUUCUUCCGCCCACGCCCUCUGUCACCACUCUCGCAACGUGCCCGAUGAUAUACUCAAACAAGUGCACUUAAAUGGUGGGAUAGUGAUGGUCAGCUUUUACAACUACUUCCUUACCUGUAACGACUCCGCCAGCGUCCACGAUGUCGUCCGUCACAUUAACCACAUCCGGGACGUGGCGGGGCUGGACCAUGUUGGUGUCGGGGCAGACUUUGACGGCAUCAACAAGACGCCGGUAGGUCUGGAGGACGUCAGUAAGUAUCCUCUCCUACUUGCCGAGGUGCUCAAGGACCCUCGCUGGUCUGAGGACGAUGUGGCCAAGCUCGCUGGUCGCAACUUCCUACGGGUGCUGCAGCGAGCCGAGCAGGUUCGAGAUGAGCUUCGGUCAACCCAGCCGUAUGAGGACCACAUCCACCCGGACAACUUGGCUGGGCGUCGGUCCUGCUGGUUCACGUGACGCAGCCCUUUCUUUAGGUCUUCUCCCGCUGUCCUCCUCCUCUCCUUCCUCCUCUCCCUCCUGCUCUGCUGCCUUCACCUUCCAACCAGCAAGAAGACACAAGGGGAGUGAAGAAGACCAACAACAAGAGGGGGAGGUGGAGAAGAGAGAGAACGAGAGAGAAAGAGAGAGAGAGAGAGGAAUAGUGUCAUUCCAGUUACUUCAGGAGGUUCGUCUAGAACUCUAGAUGAAACAUACUGGAAACUCAGGAGGCAGAAAGAGAGAAAGUUCGAGGUAUUGUUUGUGAAUUUAUUUCUCUUUCUGGACCUGAAAAAAAAUAAUAUCGUGAUUCUGAAAUUAUACUGAAACUGAAUAUUGUUUGUGAUAUGACUCUAGAAAAGGAAAACUUUUGUGUCAAGUGUCUUUCUGGAAUACUAUAUCAUGUUUGCAACUUCGUACUCAAACUGUAGAUCAUAAUUAUGUGUGUGUGUGUGUGUGUGUGUGUUGUAUCAUGCUGGCAAUAAAGAUCGGUUACUUCAGCCACUUUAGAAUCGAACAUCGUGUGUGUGUGUGUGUGUGUGUGUGUUUUACGCCACUACGGACCUGACAAUCUUGUGUUGGGGAGUCAGCCCAAGACUAAUGAUUGCGUCUCAAGUCUGUCCGUCUCUGGAUAUCGUGCGGCUGACGUUAUUCCGGUACUAAAGAUCUUGUUUGUGGCGUCUUUCUCGAGCUGGAAAUAGCAUUGCACUUGUUUGGAAUGGAAGUUAAUGCGUUCCACGUCUUUCUGCAGGUUUAUAUGGAUCCAUUAAUGUCAUUCUGGAAGUGAGGAGUUCAUAACCACUUAUUGUUAGUUUAUGAUGGAACUAAUUACCCCUUACAGUGUGGCUUAAGGAAGAGACCAUUCUUGAACAACAUUAUAGUGUCCGGCAUGAUGCUGAAGCUCAUUGUUGUUUAUGUGAUAUUACUGUUGAGUCGAAAACUGUAUUAUCGAUCUCGCUGUCAAGAUAAUUACUGUGACACAAGCUUGAAAAUUCUCCACCGGUAGUGGGAUAACUUAUUUAAAAAGUGAAAGUUUGUUUUGAAAAUUUGAAAAUCCUUCAGCAAUCAUAUGAGUGAAGUGAAAAAAAUCUGAAAUUUGGAGGAACUACUUUAUUGUGACAUUUGUGUACUGACUUCACGUGGACGUGCACCCAUCUGGUGAAGACAAUAUGAAUUGUAAAUUAAUUCGCCAACUUGUGACAAUGUGUUUUGCAGUGUUUAUAUAAAAGACACCAAAAGGUGAUUUGUACAAGUAUAAACAAAAUGCCAUUUUGAUCUAUAUCUCUGUAAUAUAUGAGGGGGAGUGUAUCAUAGAGCUAAAAACAAAGUGUCAUUUUGUGAUGUUUCUAUGUAGGUCACAAAAUGUUUAAACUUGAAACAAAGUGUCUUUUGAACUUUUUUUCUAGAAAUCUCACUGAUAGAAAUGUCUUUUGGAAUAUUUAACACAGCAUCUCUUUUUUUUCGACUUCAGAGUUUAGGAUCGCCAUGUCCUUUUGUGAAUAGAGCAUUUUGGGACCGACCGUAGAAUAAAGUAGUUUAACGUAGAUGUCCAUCCCGAGCUUACAAAAUAUGAUUCUUCUUUACACUCUGGCCACGCACCAGUGUUUGUUGUUCUUGGCCUAAUGUUUACAAGGUCACCACACUUGAAGAUUGACUUAUAUAUAUAUAUAUAUAUAUAUAUAUAUAUAUAUAUAUAUAUAUAUAUAUAUAUAUAUA